GGCGCGAAACAAGCUUGAAGUUUAGCGGUGGGUGAUGGGUGAAUGGUUGAACGAAUGCAGGUGGUUGAAUGAUGAUUGCUGUACUCUUCGCGCCUGCCUUGCCUUGUAUCCCUCGCUCUUUCCAUAUCCAGCUUACGUCUACUUUCUUCUUGGAGAAGGUGCAACCAUCUCCACACUCUCCCGCACGCUCUCGAGUCUCGCCAGCAACGUUCAUGUGAAAUUUUAGUGGAGACAAAGCUCCGGCGAGAGAGCUACGACAUUAACUGCCAAGCCAGCAUCGCCAACGUCCUGCUCGCUUCCUCUUCGCCAUGGGCGCGCAGUCGAAUGGCAAGCCAAAGAGCGGCAGCACCACCUCCACCAUGAACGGCCAACUCGCUGCCCCCGCCUCUACCUCCCCCUCCAGCAGAAGCUCUCGCGCGCGGCGGCGGAGCAAGCGCACCCCGACCGGAUGGCUGUUCCACAAGCUCUUGAAAGCGGCGGUGUGGUAUACCAUCAUCACCCUCGCCUUUCGCUGCCCUCGCACCUCCGACAAGUUGGACGACACGAGUCCGCAGGUCUGCCGACCCGCCAUCUACGCGAAGGAGUUUGUGCAGCCUUACAUUCAUCCUUACUACGAACAAUACCUGGGCCCGUACGUCGAUCGAGCCCAGCCGUACGUCGAUCGAGUCAACGAGCAGCUCUACCACCCUGCGCUCGACGCGUAUAACCGCCAUGCCGCCCCCAGAGUGGCACACGCGCAAAGGUAUGGCAAGAAACAAUGGGACAAGACCAUUCGGCCUCAACUCGACGUGGCCAAGAGGCAAGUCGGCAAGCAAUACGACGCCACUCUCGGCCCACACGUGCAGAAGGUGCAAAACGUGGUUCAGCCCUACUAUACCCAGGUCACCACGUCGGCCAAUGACAUCUGGGAACUGGAGUUGCGCCCGAUCUACCAUAAGACCGCGCCGUACGCACACAAGGUGUACAAGCAAGGUCAACACUUCACCAUCAAUACCGUCAUCCCUCAGGCACAAUACGCAGGCAGCACCGUCUGGACAUUGUGGGUGAGGCAGGUGUGGCCCAAGAUUCGCGUGUUGUAUGGGGAGAAUGUGGAGCCACAGCUACAUCGCAUCACUGAGCGUUUGGGACGGUACAAAGAUGGCAAGAGACUCGAGGCGGAAAUCAAGAGCAUGGAAAUGGAAGCUCAUGCCACCGAAGCGACUUCCAGCCUGGAGUCCGUCGUCUCUUCCGCCACCUCGAUCCUGUCUUCCGUUGAGACCGCCACCUCUUUCGCCACGCCCGAGCCCGAGCCCGAGCCUACCCUCACUCCCGUUGAGCAAUUUCGCGAAGAUUUGAAGAGCUGGGAAAGCAUAUGUGCCAGAGCUACGCAUGAGGGCGCCGAAGACCUCAAAGAACGCAUCACCGACAUCUCCGCCCAUCAGGUCUCCAGCCAGGCAGAAAACGUCGGCAACGCCUUGGUCAUCCAACUCGAGGAGACCGUCUCCAACGCCUUUGACACCUUCAAAUCCAAGAUUCAAUCUCUUGUCUACGACUUUCCCGAAAACGUCAAGAACGAACACCGGGAAAAGGCCACCGGCGCCAUGACCACCGCUAUCCAAGCCGCCGGCAAGACCAUCAAAGUUCGCGCGCAGGCGAUCCGCACUUGGCACCAGUCUUACAACGCCGAGAUUGACGGGUUGGUAGACAAGGCGUUGCAGUCCACCCUGGAGACCAUCGACAGCAUUCGCGACCUGCGCCUCUCGGAGAUUGGCCGACGCUACGCCGACAAAGACCUCCCCCACAAAGAAUGGUCGAAAUACACUGACCUUAAGAAGGCCACCAAGGGCUGGAGGGACGACGUCGAGAAGGUAGUCGCCAAUCACGAAGGCAUCAAAUCCGCCAAGAAGGCCGGCGAGGAUGUCGAGAACAAGGGCAUGGCUGUCGCCGAAGAAGCGGCGCUCGAGCUGGCCCGACUGAAGGGAGCGGCGAGGUGGAAGAUCGCCGCUGGUGAUGCUUCGGCCGACUUUGAGACGAAGCAUGUGCCGCCUGUUGCGGAGCGAGCGCGGCAGCAGGUCGUGCAAAAGGCGGAGGAAGUCAAAGAAGCCAUAGUCGGAAAGGACCAAGGCACCGUGGAGUCCGCUACGUCUGUUGCGUCGGAGAGCGUGGAAAGUUUGGCUAGCAAGGCCUCUUCGGUCGCAGGCGAUAUGACGAGCAGGAUCUCGGAGGCUGUGGUCGGUCACGAGACUCCCUCUGCUGGGAGUGCCGCGAGCCAAUUCAAAGAGUCCGCUCAAAGCGUUGCGAGUCAAGCGUCUGAGGCAGUCAUGGGCCGCGAGACUCCGUCUGUCGAGAGCGCCGCCAGCCAGAUCAAACAAUCCGCCCAAAGCGUCGCCAGCCAAGCAUCCGAGGCGGUCAUUGGCCGUGAAACUCCCUCUGUCGAGAGUGCCGCGAGCCAGGUCAAACAAUCAGCUCAAAACGUAGCCAGCCAAGCUUCGGAGGCAGUGAUCGGGCGUGACACUCCUGCAGUUGAAAGCGCCGCCAGCCAGAUCAAGAAGUCUGCUCAAAGCGUGGCCAGCCAGGCUUCUGAGACAGUGGUCGGCCGUGACACUCCUGCAGCCGAGAGCGCUGCCAGUCAGGUCAAGAAGUCUGCUCAAAGUGUCGCGAGUCAAGCUUCUGCGGCUGUGGUGGGCUCUGAUACUCCUGCAGUUGGAAGUGCUGCAAGCCAGGGCAAGAAGUCCGCUAAAAGCGUUGCCAGCCAAGCUUCUGAGGCGGUGGCAGGCCAUGAGACUCCGGUCGUCGAAAGCGCUGCGAGUGAGGUCAAGUCAUCAGCCGCAAGCGUCGUUUCUGCUGCCUCAGAAGCGGUCCAUGGCUCUGAAUCCGGCCUGUCCGAUACCUUUACCGAUGCUGCUUCAAAAGCGUCUGAAGCCGUCGUCGGAUCCGAAACCGGAACCGUGGAAAGUCUGGCGUCCUCGUUGUCGUCCGCUGCCCUUGGAGAGGAUAGCGUGACUAAGAGUGUGGAAUCUGUGGCUUCUCAAGCUUCUAGCAGCGCCUCCAGCCCGGCAGACGAGCUUUCCUCUAGCUUCUCUUCCGCCAGCUCAGAUGCGUCUGAUACGGCCACAUCAAUCGCCAGCUCUGCUUCUUCUGCCGCCGCAAAGGCUUCCAGCAAAGUGUUCGCCGGCGCCUAUGCCCAGGUCCUCGUUGAAGCGCGAGAGCCCAUCUUGGACGACGUCGUGGAUGACACGGCCAGCUAUAGCUCCCGGAUUCAAUCCAUUCUCGGUGAUAAAGCUGCUGCGAUCACGCAGGCGGUCGAGGAUGCUUUGAGUGCGGCUACGGCUACGCAGGGAACGGUGGAAAGUCUCACGAGUGUGGCGAGCGAACAAUACGAGAGUGCUAUCGCGGCUGCAAGCUCUGUCCUCUUCGGACCGGAGAAAGGCGCGGUGGAGAAAGGAGCAGACGCUGCAAGAGAGCAAUACUUGAGUGCUGUCACUGCUGCAUCGUACGCCAUCUACGGCCGGCCUGUUCCCACCGCCACUAUCGCCGUUCAAUAUGCGAGCUCCGUCAUCACAAGCGCCACAUCUGCGGCAAAGGAUGGCGCUCAAUACCUGCAGGCCGCUGCCAGCUCUCACUACAGCGCAGCGCUGAGUCAAGCAUCCGUCCAAUUCGAUGCCGCCAAGUCCAGUAUCUCAAUUCAGAUCUCCGGCACGCCCAAACCGAUUCACAAGCAGAUGUUCUCGUCUGUCGAGUCGGCCUACUCGGACGCUAUUGCCGGUGCAGAUUCGAGACUGCAGGAUAUUCUAGCGGCUGUGCCCACCCCUACAGGCUUGUUCAAGACUCAAGGCGCAUACGAGAGUAUCUCGUCGAUCGCAUCGGUGCGGUUGUCCGAAGCUCUUGCUUCUGCUUCGUCGCAAUACUCGAAUGCGAAGGUCGCCGUGGGCGUGGAGCCGACGCCUGCGCACCAGGCCUAUCUGGCGUCCGCGCAGCGGGCUUACUACGAAGGAAUUGGUGUCGCAUACGAUCGGUACUCAUCCUUUACGGAUGCGGCUUCAAGCGCAGUUGGCGCAACGCCUACGGCUGGUUUUGCUGGCUACAUGGCUGCUGCACAGAGUACCUACAGCGCUGCAGUUGCCGCGGCAUCGUCUAGCAUGAAUGAGCUUCUCGACUCGGCCAGCUCUGCCGUCGGUGCUACGAAGAAGUCACAGGCUCAGAGCGUGCUUGAUGAAGUCUCUUCACAGUACUCUGCGGCAGUCGAUGCCGCCUCGUCCCGCCUAGUUGCAGCCUCUUCUCAAGCAAGCGCGGCCAUGUAUGGCACGACUGGUGUCGCCGAGUCGAUAGGCUCCGCGGCUAGCUCUGCCAUCUACGGCAGCGAAACGCCAGCAUACGAGGCGAUGGCAUCCCGAGCGUCGGAGAACUGGGAGGCUCUGAUCUCGCGCGCAAGUCAGAACGUCUACGGAGCCCCGCCGCCCUUCACCGACGUUGUGGUGAGUCAAGCCAGCGAAUACGCGGCAUCAGCGACCAAAGCCGCUGCGGACCAGUACGCCGCAGUCCAAGCUCUCUUCUCUGAACUGGUCGUCGGCAAAGAGCCCGACUUCACCGCCAGCGUCAUGUCCCGCCUAUCCUCCGCAUACUCCACCGGAGCUCCAGCAAUGGUAUCCUCUGCCUCCAGCCUAGCCAGCGAAGCCUACGCCUCCGCAUCCUCCGUCGUCUCCGCCGUCUUCACCCCCCCAGCAACUCUCGACAACCUCCUCGACCAGGUGAACUCCCAACUCAACUCCGCCGUCGAAGCCGCCAGCGCCCAAGUGUACGGCACAAGCAAAGGCCCCGUCGCCCAAGCAACCGAAGCAGCCGCAAGCGCCUACAGCGGCGCCGCCUCGCACGUCAGCAGCGCCAUCUACGGCUCGCAAACAGCGUACGCCGAAGCAGCGCAAAGCAGCAUGGCAGCCAUCGCGUCCUCCGCCUCCGCAGCCCUGUCCUCAGCCAUCUACGGCGCCCCCACAGCCACUCUGCAAGCUGCCCAGCACAGCGCCGCGAGCGUGUACUCUUCCAUCACCUCUGCUGCGGCGGAGCAGGCUAGCGCCGCUUCGGCCGCGCUCAGCAGUGCCUUUUACGGCGAAGAGGCGGGCUACGUCGAGAGCGUGCAGGCGCAGAUUUCGGCUGCUGUGGCUAGUGCGCAGAGCAGGAUUGUAGCUUUUGGCGCGGAGGCGGGCAAGUCGGCUGGUGAGGCUGUUUCGGUGGCUUCGGAGGCUGUGGAAGCGGCGGCGAGCAGUGUUAGCAGUGUUGCGAGUGUGGUUACGGAGAGCGUGAGGGAUGAGUUGUAGGGGUGUGAGCAGAAGAGAGGGAUUGGGAUGAUUGAUUUUGUACAUUGCAUGCGGCGGCGGGUGAGAUUGAGUUAGUCUGGCUUGUCUUGUUCUUCAGAAGAUAUACCCGGCGCUUAUGCGUUUGUUGUUCGAAGUAUGUAUGUAGCAUGGCAGUUGUAAUU